AUGCUCAGGAAUUUGCAAUCAAGCAGACUCUGCGUGCGCCAGCAGAGCCGGACCCGAUCGGCACGUUACAUCAUCAGCAGAAGUUAUGCCCAGUACAACCACAAUUUCAACCAAACCUACGCCAACUACAACCCACCGAAGACUCCAUUUGCCAAAAAGCUCCUCUACGCGACGCUUGGAUUAGCGGCGUUCACGGGGAUGGCAUAUUACGUGUGGUGGCCCAAACACACCUUCCCCAAGUCCGUCGCCAAGAUCUUGCGCAGGGGGCUCUGGGCCGAAAGCGACCGUGGCGAAUACGAUUACCAAUUGGCGCUCAAAUACUAUCUCGAGGCAUUGGAGCAUUGCAAGGAGCUCGGAAUGGACCCCUUGAGCGACGAGUAUACUGGCAUCCAGUUGAAAAUAGGGGAAAUGUUUGAACGGUUGAACAUGAUGGAGGAUGCUUCGUUGAUCUACAAUGAGAUUGCCUCGUUGUAUCUCAGUGUUUUGACCGCGAGAGGCGACCCCGAGCUCAAAAAGCGAAUCAGAGAUCGAGACCAUCGGCGCCAUCUUAUCCAGAAAGAUUUGCGCAUCGCGAUCAAGUUGGUCGAAUUGAGUGAUUAUAACCCAAACUUGUGCAAGGCCAUCUUGGUGACGCAUUUGAUUGUGGCACAGGAUGAAGUGAGCAAAUUGAUUGGCGACCGCAACGGGCUCAAUCUAUUUACAAAAGCCAAUGGCGGCGAUUCAAGCAAGAAUGGCGAUACAAAGAAACAGGAAAAGAAGAAAAAUUACACAGCGUCAUUGGAGAAUGACACUAUCUUGAUCAGCGACGCCGAGCUGAAUGAGGAAGUAGCGCGCAUUAAAAAGACCCCCGAAGUGUGGGAACCCUUCACCGAGGAGUUUUUCAACGCGAUGGACUUGCUCAGCGCAAUAUGCAUAACCACGGGGGAUCUCGCCAUGGCAGCCAAGGUCAAGGUCAACAUGGCCGAGGACAUGUUGCUCGCCGACGUUGAGCCUAGCAAAUUGCUCUUGUCGCAAUGCAACUUGGGGUCGCUUUUCUACAUGCAAGCGGAAGAGUUGGAAGCGAAAGAGAUUGCCAUGAAGAGACAAUUUGCCAGUGUCGCCAACGUCGACUAUGAGGAUAUCAAAGGUUCGGGCGACCUUGCCGGUAAUACCGAAUCAGGACUGGAGCUGGAAUCGAAGUUGAGAUUGAAAUUGAAGGAGAAAAUCCCCGCCGAGGAGCAGCUUGCAUAUAACAACGUUGCCAGCACGAGGGAAAUCUGUCUUGAGUUGGCGAUAAAGUCAUACGAGGCCGUGUUGCAAUUUGCAAAGUCGAUACCUCAGGACGUUGUCAAGGAAAACAACAAGAUCAGCGAGACUGUGGCGUUGGCCACCUAUGGACUAGGGGUGAUCAAUUUGCACUUGUCAAAGUACGACCAGGCUGAACGGUACUUGAGGGAGUCGCGGGUGCGUUCCAAAGCUUGCAAUUACGAAGAUCUCCUCUCUGAGAUUGAGAGGGAAUUGAACAAGCUCUUUGAAGAGAAAACAGCCCUUGAAAGAGGCGAAAGAGGCGAAAGACCAAAUAGCAUAGAAGUGGAUAUCCACAUGACUUGA